GUUGCAAAUUUGACGAUCGCCACUCCCAGUGCAGGAACUUCAGUUCUUACGCUUGUUAUACUCCGGAUAUCACAAAACUCUGCUGUGAGACUUGUAAGAGACACUGCAAAACAAAUAUACCUGGCUGUGCAUGUGGAGACAGACGAGAUGGCUGUUCCAAUAUUACUAGACUUGACUGUUAUACUCAACACAAGGAGUGCUGUCACACGUGUUCAAAACUCAGGGACACUACCUAUCCUGACUGUGAGUUUGGUGACCGCAGUGACCAAUGCCUGGCUUCAAACUGUAUCUACUACGACACUUAUAGACAGUCCAGAGUCUGUUGCCAGACGUGUAGACAUCUGCACACUCUAGUGGCCACCACCACAGAAGUUGCCAACAGUCCUCCCUCCCCUGUAGACAGUGCUGCAACUGGUACUGUACCCUUAGCCUCCCUUUAUUGGUUAGCAACACAACUGAUGCUGACAGCGAUAACAACAUCAACGACAACAACAACAGCAUCAACAACAUCGAUGAUGACUAUGAUGACAAUGAUGAUGAUGAUGGCUCUGACAAUAACAAUGAGCAGACCACUGUGAACACACACACACACACACACACACAACAUGCAUGUACACACACACACACACACAUGCUUGUGACAGUGAAAGAAUGAGAGAAAGACAGAGCGAAAGACAAAAGAAAAAGAGAUCCUGUGUGGGUGUUUGUUUGUGUAAAGAGAACAUACGGAAACCAAACCACCCGAGCCAACCAUGACCACCACCACCACCACCACCACCACCACCACCACCACCACACACCCAUUCCCUCGUUUACCUCUUUACUAUUGUCUAGCUGGCUGGCUGGCUGGCUGAGUGGUUGGCUGGUUGGCUGGCUGGUUUUGGUGUGUCUGUGUGUCCUAUGAUAUUUACAGCAAUCUCUGUCUCUUAACACUAAAAGCAAAAUAAUUCCCCCCCCGCCCCACAAACCACCACCACCACCACCUCCAUACACAUACAGCUUCAUUCAAUACACACACACACACACACAAAAUUCUAUACGCACACA